AUGGCCCCCUCCAUUGCCGAAACCGUCCCCAACACAGCAGACGAGAUCCAUGAGAAGCUUGCCAAAGUAUCAGUUGCAGACGUUAAGGAUCGCAAUGGGUCUCACAUAGAUGAACCAGCUCCCGCCGUGCAAGAACCCAAGCUCGAGACCCAGCACAAAGAACCCCUCAAGCUUUCCGGUGCUCUGGAUCAUUUCGAGAGCUUUGACGUCACUCCAACCAUCGGACGUGAAUUUGUUGGUGUCAAUCUCGCAAAGUGGCUCCGGGCUCCAAACUCGGAUGAGCUUAUUCGUGAUCUGGCAAUAACAAUCUCCCAACGCGGCGUUGUGUUCUUCCGAAAGCAAGAUGAUAUUACCAACGAUCUACAAAAAGAGCUUGUACAACGACUUGGAGAGCUCUCGGGCAAGCCUUCGACCUCGAAACUCCACAUCCACCCCGUCUCCAACUCUGGUCGCGAAUUGGGUGGGAAGGACGACGAGAUCAGCGUCAUCUCAUCGGAGCAAGCAAAGAAGAUCUACAAAGACCGCAUCCUCUUCCAGACAGAGAAAAAACAGAGCGGAAAGGAAGGAUGGCACUCCGAUAUCACGUUCGAGCCGAUUCCAAGUGACUAUGCUUUGUUGCGCUUGACACAAUUACCCAAGACUGGCGGCGAUACGCUCUGGGCCUCCGGCUACGAAGUCUAUGACCGUAUUUCAGCCCCUGUCCAAAAAUUCCUCGAAAGUCUGACGGCAACCUAUGCACAACCCAAAUUCAACGAGGCAGCCGAAAAGAACGGAUUCAAAAUCUAUGCCGAGCCACGAGGUGCCCCUGAAAACGUUGGCGAACAGCUGAUCGCGGUGCAUCCAGUAGUACGAACCAACCCUGUCACCGGAUGGAAGUCGAUCUUCGCUCUCGGCCACCACGUGCAGCAUAUCAACGAUCUCACAGAAGGCGAGAGCAAAGGUCUACUUGAUUGGUUCUUGAGACUAGUGGUUGGCAAUCAUGAUCUUCAAGUUAGACACAGGUGGCAGAAUCCCAAUGAUUUGGCGAUCUGGGAUAAUAGGAGUGUGUACCAUGCUGCGACGCCCGAUUACCUGGAUCUGGAUUUGGGAGAGAGGACGGGCCAGAGAGCGGUGAGUUUGGGUGAGAGGCCGUAUUUUGAUCCCGAGAGUACGGGGAGGAGGGAGGCGCUUGCUAAGGCGAAGGAGGUGUAG